AUGAUCGCUGGUCGCUCGCUUCUGCUGUCUCAGAGUCGCCUGGGAUUCCACCGUGCUGCUCUUCUCGGCGGCGCUGCGGGGAAUCUGCGUGUGUCUACUUGUCUAUCGACGGCAUCUUCGGCCACCAGCCGCGCACAGAGUAGUGCUCUCACCGUCUCCAAGCGUCAAUACCUCGGAUCCACGGUUCUCCCAAACUUCGCAGCCCACUGCACUCAGAUCGGCGCCUGCACGUCCCUCUCCACCAUCCUCUAUAGUCCCGUUGGCACUGCCAUGAUGAUCGUGCUUGCUUACAACGUCAUUGUGAUAUGCUCCAAGCAUGUAAACUACUCGCUGGAGAUUACGGCGAAGGACUACGUGCAGGACCAGCAACUGCUGGUCAUCAUGCGCUACGGCAUUCUUAGCUGCAUUCUUCUCGGGAUGGAGGUUAUGUUUAUCGAGAUUUGA